AUGCAAAAUAAAGAAUUUUCAAUAGGUAUAGAUUUAGGUACAACUUUUUCAUGUUUUGCAAUAUAUAGACACGGUAAGUGUGAUGUAUUAACAAAUGAUCAAGGUAAUAGAACAACUCCAUCUAUUGUAGCAUAUGGAGAAAAGGAAACACUUGUAGGUAAUGCAGCAAAAAAUCAAGAAAUAAGAAAUCCUGAAAAUACUAUUUAUGAAAUAAAAAGAAUGAUAGGUAGAUAGUUUAAUGAUAAAGAGUUACAAGAAGAUAUGAGAAGAUUUCCAUUUAAAGUAGUUAGUGUAAAUAAUAAUCCAAAUGUAGAAGUAAUGAGUAAAGAUGGUAAAAUAAAUGUUACUCCAAUAUAGGUAAGUGCAGUAUUAUUAUCUAAAAUAAAAGCAUAUGCAGAAAAUGCUUUAGGUGGUGUAGUAAAAAAUGCAGUUAUAACAGUUCCAGCAUAUUUCAAUGAUUCAUAGAGAACAGCUACAAAAGAUGCAGGAACAAUAGCUGGUUUAAAUGUAUUAAGAAUAAUUAAUGAACCAACAGCAGCAGCAAUAGCAUAUGGAUUAGAUCGUUAG